UUUCGUUGUAAGCGGACGUAGUGUUUUUCGGUUGCUAUCCGAACAUUUUUUUUGUUACGCGGGCGUAACCAACAAAUAAAUGCAAAAUACAUAGUCCAGCGACAGUUGCUUGUUCACAGCGUUCACAUUCUAUGCUGCUUUAGACAUUUUGAUUUGGACACAUUUCUUAGUUCUCUUACAUUAAAGCAUUGUGCAAGCGAAAAGUGAAAUGAAAGGUUGAGUGUGUUAAGUGACGAACAAAUAUAAAUUCGUUGCCGUCGCCGUCGCCGUCGCAGUGCACAUGUUAGUGAAGAAUGAUGCAAAUCCUCAUUGAUUACAAUUGAAUAUAAAUAAUUCGAAAUGUGAAUCUUUAAAUAAGUGUGAAUUAAACCCAAAUACAUAUCAACAAAUCGCAAUACACCAACAUAUCAACAUAAGAUUGGUGUGUUUUAUAAAAUAAGCCUUAUAAGGAUAUAAUGGAAUAAUAACCCCAUCAAUAAAAGUGCAUAUCAAAGCAAUCGAAACACCACCAAAAUCAUAUCACAGCUGAAAAUCUAUUGAGUGAUAGAAAGGAAUUCGAUUAUACCGCCAAGCCAAGCCAAGCCUAGUCAACGUAUAAUAAUAAUUUUUGUAUUUAUGUACAUAUGCAAUCAUAUAUUCAUACAUACACAUAUAUGCUAAAAUUAACAGAACAGUUACUGUAACUAAGAGGACGUUCGAGUCAACCCACAAUCUAACCCACCGCACAUAUCACAAAGCAAUCGAAACGUCGACAAGCCGAGCCUUAUGAGUGCGUCUUAAUAAAGUUGAUUAACUCAAAUAAUGCACAUUCGAUAAUAUCGAUGUUACCAAAAGAAUUGAUGUCCCUCCAUGAUAUUCCCAAGAGAAAAGAAAAAUGCACUAUGGCGUUAUGCGUCAAGAAACAAUCCGGCUACGUGCGAUGCGGAUGGGAUACCGAUACCCAUGCAGCAACAACAGCCGCUGCACCCUCUACAUCAACGCCACCUUCAAACGUGCGCCAGCUUCUGCUGCUGCUACACGGAUCAGUCUUCCCUGAUCAACCCUCCACCACCACCAUACUGUUCAAUUCCUUGCUCCAUAGACUGUUCAGGCUCCUAUCGUCUCAUCCACCGUCAGCAGCAACACCAGCACCAGCAACAGCAGCAACAACUGAGGUGUCACACAAAUCCAGAAGAAGAAAUUUCCGUGUCCGCUUCGGCGACCGACGAAUCGGAUUAUUCCUAUAUAAAAGAUGGCUGCAGCUACGCAAGCUCUGGCGUCGACAUAUUGAACGACAAAAACGGGCUCUGUCCGGUGACGGUUCCGUCGUCGGUGCCGACUUGUUCCAACGCACAGUCAAUGACGGCCGCAGCGACCUUUGCAAUGACAGCGGCGAACAUGUUUCGAAACUGCUGCGGCGGCGGCAGCAGUGGUCCGACGACAGACUCCGACAAUGGAUUCUUUUCGAAAACGAUCCCGAUCGACAACAAACGCCACAAUCAGAGUCGCCAGCGCGUAACCCCAUCCCCACCCACCUGCCCAAUGCAUACCCACUCGACAACGAUGUCCACAGCUGGAGCUGUGUCAAUGUCAACGACAUCUUUUCGCCAUCAAAUCUUCAAUGCGUUGCUGAAAAAGCUGAAGAACAAACAGGUAACCGACCUACUCCAGGCAGUAAAAAGUCGAGUGGACCCACCUCACAAGCGCGACUCGCUGGCAGGCAAUGGGGCCAUCAUAUCAGCCACACCGAGUUAUCUACAGUGCAUUCUAAUCAAGUGCACUUCACCCCUCGACGAAGAGCAGCAUGUAAUCACGUGCCAGCUUUUUUUUUGGUCCGACCUCAGGGAUGCCGGCGAGCUAAGGCGUCUGCCCACCUGCCCCAGUGCUCGGGAUUACGUCUAUGUCUGCUGCAAUCCACUGCACUGGUAUCGGGUAAACCAUCCAAUAGAUUCAGACUCCGCACCCCCGCCGUAUCAGCGAUCAAAAAUGCUGAGACUGAAAGAUCAAGAUAUCGAGGAAAACACUCAAAACAACAACGAAAGCUCGUCGAUGACCGCGUGGGCCGUGCAGAGCAACAGCAUCAUCAAACAAUCGGAGUCCCAGUUGUAUGGUCCGAGUCUUGAGUCUUUUACCACUGAUGGAAAAGAUCAUAGCGCGAAUAAUAAUGCAUGGUGCCAGAUUGCCUAUUGGGAACUGUCCGAGCGUGUUGGUGAGCUGUUUCAUGCGAAGAAGUUGGCAGCUAACAUCUACACAGAUGGACCAGUGGAUUGUGCCGGAGAGAGUAUGUGCUUACGUGAGUUAUGUGGGAAGCGUACAACGCUGGAUGCAGUCCAAAACACACGUCAAAAGAUCGGACUGGGUGUUACUAUAAGCCUGGAGUGUGGGGACGUGUGGAUCUACAAUCGAAGUAAUGUGCCGAUAUUUGUGGACUCGCCAACGCUUGCCGAACACUUGGACCGGGUUUGUAAAGUGUUGCCUGGCUAUUGUCUCAAAGCCUUUGAAAUACACAGCAGGGCUGAAUGGCUGGCUGGAAAUAAGAUACAGCAAAACCAUUUAGGACCAAUCGAUCGGUUUAGUAUGAAGAUCAGUUUCGCCAAGGGCUGGGGCAACAUGUAUCGACGUCAGGAUAUUAUGUGCUGUCCCUGCUGGCUUGAAGUCCACUUCAGCCAUCAGCGGUGACAUUGCAAGUUGCCGGUUGGUGCUUAUUGCUUCGCGGCAGCAGCAGCAGCAAUGUGUUUACCGGGGACAGUCACCACUAACCCGAUGUGCAGCAAACCCUAUGUGUACUACCGGUAGCAACAGCUGCUUCUGUUAGUUU